AUGUAUAUCAAAGCACAAUUCUUAAUGCUAUGCUUCUUGUUGGUUGCACUUGUUGGUCAUUAUCAAGUCGAUGCCUUCUCAUUCAAGGUGUCGGCCAAGGUCGAAGAAUGUAUCUUUGAAGAGAUUGAAGCCGACAUUUCCUACACGGUCAUGUUCCAAGUCACACAAGGAGGUUUCAACGAUAUCGACUUUACCAUCAUCACACCAGACAAGCGUGUCCAAUACCAAGGACAACGUGAGACUGAAGGCACAAAGACCUUUAUGUCUAGCGUUGCCGGUGUCUACAGAUUCUGUUUCUCCAACAAGAUGUCUUCUCUUACUGACAAGGUAGUCAGUUUCAUGGUUGUAAAGGGUGAAACUACCCCAAUGACUGAAUACGCAAAGAAGGGUGAUGUUGGUACCCUCGAAAGAUUGAUCAUUGCUUUAUCAGACAGUGUUCAAGCCGUCAAAUCAGAACAAAACUAUUUCAGAAUGAGAGAAGCCGUUCAUAGAAACACUGCUGAAUCAACCAACAGAAGAGUAUUAUGGUGGUCUGUUUUCGAAACUUUCAUCUUGAUUGCUAUGAGUGUAUGGCAAAUCUACUAUCUUCGUAGAUUCUUUGAAGUCAAGCGUGCUGUAUAA